UUUCAGACCAUCAAACUUUCCACUGUGGAACCGCGAUUCAUAAAGAACCCGUAUACAGAGUACUAUGGCUUCUUCAUAGAGAAAUCACGAAAUGGACGAGGCACAGGGAAGGUGAUUCGGGUUAAGCAUCUGCCGCAGCAAAAAUUCAUCAAAGCGACUUUACUAGUCUACAGCUACACAGGUACACCGCCUGCCGAUGGCACUUACGUUGUACUGCAGUUUAUACAGUCUGAAAAGUACUUGUAUCGCAACGAAAAUGGUGAACUGCGGCUGAAGAAAGAUGGCUUUCAUCCGGAAAGUGCCGUGGGCAUCACGACAGCUGCCGACCCACGAGUGUUCCUGAUCAAAUCGGGGAAACAUUCGCGGGACUUCGUGAUCAAAUGGCAAGGCUCCGCCGAUCACACCAUCACCCUGCUUCCACAAAGCGCGAAACCCGUCGAACUCCAGCCCAUUGGAGUAAAUGGACCAUCGGAUGGGCAGCUGUUCAAACUUGAAUUGCCGAUACUUCGCACGGUGGUAAAAUCUGGGCUGUAAAGUUCCCACAUCCGGCUACAGGGAGACAGCUUAGGAACAGCAACACGUUCACUCUGCCCAAAGCGAGGACCCUGCGCCUGAAACAGUCCUUCAUUCACUGCGCAGU